CUUCAUAGUGCGUCAAGCGACACAAAAUUAGAGCAAGAAAUGUUUUCCUCACUUGUUUGUUUAUUUUCACCAAUUUCCACGCAAUAAACUAGAAAAACCAAGCCCAAAGAUGGAUUAUAGUGAUUUUAUUGUUACGCAGUGUCCAGAGACUGUGAUUUACAUUCCCAACUUCAUCACGUCGGAUGAAGAGAAACACAUCCUGGCGUCCGUGGCGUCGGCGCCGAAGCCGAAGUGGACACAGCUGCUGAACCGCCGGCUGAUCAACUACGGCGGCGUGCCGCACAAGAACGGCAUGAUUGCCGAGGAGAUGCCGCGCUGGCUGCUGACGUUCGUGGAGAAGAUCAACAAUCUGGGCGUGCUGGAGGACAAGAAGGCCAACCACGUGCUGGUGAAUGAGUACCUUCCCGGCCAGGGAAUCAUGCCGCACACGGACGGGCCGCUUUUUCAUCCCGUGAUCUCGACGAUCUCCUGCGGAUCGCACACGAUUCUGCGGCUGCAGAGGAGCGCCGGCGGCGAGGAGGAGCAGCAGAUCCUCGUGGAGCCGCGCAGCUUGCUGCUGAUCAAGGACGAGGCCUAUCACGAUCACCUGCACUCGAUUGACGAGUAUUUCGAGGACAAGAUUGACGAACGCGUGACGAACUUGAGUCUCUGCGAAACGACUCACGAGUCCGGAACCGUCCUGACGAGGAGCCGAAGGAUCUCACUCACCAUCCGCCACGUGCCCAAGACCAGCAAGAUGAAGAUUAAGCUGGGCUUCUGAAGUGU